UUGAAGAAUUGAACUCACAGCUGCGAUUACCUUGGGACACUGUCUUUGCCAUCCCUGGAAAUAAGUAGAUACCUCUCAGCCGUCUCAACUGCCCAGGGGAAUUUGCCUUAAGACUGCCUGUUUUAAAUUUACUAGUUGCUUUGUUUCCUUAUGGAGAAAGACAGUUUCCAGUCAGAUCUAGGAAAGACUUCCAAAAAGACUACUCCCAAAAGGAUCAUCCAUUUUGUUGAUGGAGAUAUCAUGGAAGAAUAUAGCACAGAGGAGGAGGAAGAAAAAGAGGAACAGAGUACGAAUUCAACACUCGAGUCUUCUAAACUAUCAUGGGGGUCCUACCUGUGGUUUUGGGCAGGACGAAUAGCAAGUACCUCACUUUCUACUUGUGAAUUCCUUGGUGGAAGAUUUGCUGUCUUCUUUGGUCUUACUCAGCCCAAAUACCAGUAUGUGUUAGAAGAGUACUAUAGAAUACAAAACAAGGAAAGUGACAAGGAGAGUGAAGGGAAUGGAUCAAAGGUCCAUAUAGCAGGAGCUCCUAAUGAAAAGUCUUACUUGGAGCCUGGAGUCCGAGAGUAUGGGACCAGACAGAAGGACCCUGCAGAGGCCAUUCCUCCAAGGAGCACCACCCCCAGGCAGAGUGUGGAGGCAGAUUCCAGUUCACAAUGAGCAUCAGAGGCUCUACUUUCUCUGGAACCCUGUUCCUUUGCCACUGAUUAGCAUGGCAACAGAACCACAGGUAGCACGUCUGACCCAGAUCUUAUCCUAAUCUUUUCAUGAUUUAUAUUCAAGCAUCCCAGAAUUGCAAGCAACAAUGAGAAUAAUCUUGGAUACUUUCUCAAUAUACAUUUUUAUUUAUAAGUCCUUCCAUCCUGAUUCUAUCCCACUGAUAUGAGCCCUAGUAGUGUUGACACUUGUAGCAUAAUAUAAAUGUCAUAAAAACUUUGGGCCUGGGAAUUUGGAGCUGAAAUUUUUCAUAGUAGGGCUAGGAUGCCAUAAAGGAUCUCUGUUUCUCAGAAGAAAAUUUGGGCACCAGGAACUCCAAAUAAAUCCCCCAAGGGGAUUUGACAUAAAGUGUAUAUUUCUAAAUAGCCACCUUCAUUUAGUUGGA